AUGUCCUCUGCGCUCUCGGUCGGUUGGGCUCUGAGUUGGUGUGAUGGCUUUCCUUUGGAGUCUGCGCUUGGUGCUUUCCUCACUCAUGACCGCCCAAGUAGGAUUUACAUCAGCAUCUCUCCUUCGGUCUAUGUAGCCUACCACGGUCUGAAUGCCCAUUACGACUGCGGCUACUUCUCGAGCUUCACGACAGGUGCUAUUUACGAUACCACAAUUGCCUACCCAUCAGAUGCGCUCUCAACUUAUGUUGGUCCGUUGUGGAUGCAAGCGCAGACAGGCCCAGAGCCAGCCUCAUUGUUCCAAGCCAUCAAUUACACAGAAUUUCAGGAGUACGAAGCUAACACUGCAAACGAGGGUUACUCAAAAAACCUCAAAAUUCCGAGUGACCUGGGAGGGAUUGAUCCAGCAUGGAGCACGUGCACUCCUGGCAUGUAUGGGUCCUGGGAUCCCCCUCGAGUACUAACUGCGGCGCGGAAUAUGGUAGCUCCAACGCCCGCACAGCCGGACUUGGACCCAUCAGCGACCGCAGCUCCAGCGGCUGGGAUAGCUCCGACACAUAUUCCAGCUUCGCCCACACCACCUCCUAAAGGCUCUGCGAAUGGACCAUUGCAAACGAAUCCUCCGACUGCGUCAGCAGAUCUCGUUUCUGAAUCAAAAGAAACGCAAUCGGAUGGAAACAAUGAUCCAGCUUGGUCCGUUGGCCAGGCAGAGAAUGCUUCAAAGGGUGGCAAUGUUGGAGAGAGCCCAACGCCAGCCCCAAAGCCAAGCCAAGAUUCCGGUCCAGUAGACCAACAAGACAACUCCCAAAAAUCUCCGCCAAAUCAAAGUUCACAUGGAGCCUCCAACAAUUCUCCGCAUGGCGGUGGCAGUGGUGGCGACAACAACAACAAUAACAAUAAAGCAGGAGCCCCAAGUUUGAACUUCGAUCCGCAAGACUCAAGUCACAGUCCCCAAAGUUCUCUGAGGGUCGCUGAGUUGCCUUUGCCAAUUAUUUCAGUAGUGCUUGCCUCGCCAACCCCACUGAUUGUUGGCGGCAGUACCAUCGAAAAAGCCUUGAACGGUGGAGCUGCCAUUGGAAAAUCGACGUAUACAGCAGGCUAUGAAGGGCAGAUUGCCAAUAUGCCAAUUUCGGUUGGGGUAGACAAGAUUGUAAUAGGCAGUAGCACACAUGCACUUCCGACUUCGACACCUGUCCUUGUUGGCGGACAGUUGAUGGUCAAAGCUGCAAACGGGGGUGUGAUUAUAGGUACAUCCACGUACCCGCCUGGCAGUCAGGCGCAGAUUUCGGGCAAAGUUCUGUCCGUGGGGUCCGAUAGUGUUGUCGUGGGGGGCACUUCAUAUGCCAUUCCAACCCCUGGCACGGCUGAUACAGUCUUCAUCGACAGCCAAUCUGUCAGCAGAGCGCCCAAUGGCGGCGCGAUAUUCAAAAGCGGUGCCAUCAGCCUUGGAAGUCAAAGUGACAUUGAUGGCCAUGCCAUAUCGGUCGGGUCUUCUACCAUCGUUGUCGACGGCACAUCUUACGCUCUUCCAAGUAGCGCUGGAGCAAUCCUGCAAUCCCCACGCCCGCAAUCUAACGUACCGAUCACCCUUACCAACGGUGUCAUUCUCACCCCAGGCGGAAACGCAGCAACAAUAUCUGGGACUACGUAUGCCAUUCCGUCCGAUGACAGUGUGCUCGUCGUAGACGGUCAACUUGUCCCUUUCCCCACACAAACCGCUUUGCAAUCAGUCUUCACGGUAGGAGGUCAGAUCUUUACCGCUGCACCGACUGGAUUUGCCAUUGGUGGACAGAGCGUGACGCUCGAUGGGACUGCAGCGACGCUUGAUGGAACUGUGGUCUCGCUGGGACCUUCGGGGGUACAGGUUGGGUCGAAGACGAUCCCGUUGACGAGCGCGCAGACAACUGAGGCGGGAUUGGGUGGAUUGAUCAUGAGUGCUUUUGGCAGUGGUGGCGAGCCUGGAGCGACCGUGGGAGCUGGCAAUGGGUCGAGCGUUGUGGCAUUCACAGGGGGAAGCAGCAGGGUGGAAAGAAGAUUAGGGAUUGUCCUUUUGGGACUCUGGGUAUGGUCAUGGGAGCCAUUACACUACUAG